ACGGCUGUGGAUUACCGCGACGGUGGGGGGGAAGCAGAGCCGCUUUCUGCUAAUUUAGCAGGAUUUUUUUUUCUUCCCCACAUAAUUAUAUGUCAGUCUGAUACAUUAACUUAACUUUAAAGUUUAGUAAUUUUCUUCGGUGCUUCUGGUAGCUUUUAAUAACCGAGGCGCGUUGCUAUAGCAGGCUUUGUGUCACCUGGCCGAAGCAGCUGACUCGUGCCCUGCGGAGUUCCGAGUAGAUCUGAGUUGCCAAAGGAAAACUAGCUAGUUAGCAGCUCAGCCACUUAGCCCGCAAGCUAGCCUUGCUGCCACAUUAGUCCCACCCUCAACGAGAGCGUUAACGUCAGGCUGCAGCACUGAGGACAAUUUUUGCUCCCUCAGAACUUAGCCAGCAUCCUCGUACACCUGGUUGGCUGGAGAUACUACCCCCUUCAACUGUUAGCGUAGCUCGGUGGCGCUAACGGAAAUAGGACGUUUGUGGGGUUUUUGAGUGUAUUCUCUAUGAAGGGAUACCGUUAAGGGGACUGGCUGAAAAAAGAAGAGGCGAAAUAAAGAGCGAGAACAAGGAAGACACAGAGGAGGAGGUGACUGGCUUGUUUAGCCGGGAAGACAUCAUUUUUGAACAUAUCUAAAGGCUACCAAAAAGCUAAGCUCAGCCAUGAGUAUUGAGAUACCGGUGGGGUUGACAGAACUGCUGCAGGGCUACACAGUGGAGGUGCUGCGACAAAGGCCGUCAGACCUGGUGGAUUUUGCUGUACAGUACUUCACCCGCUUGCGGGACACCAGAAGUCAGGAUGGAUCCGGCGUGGGUGGUAAACCGGGGAAGGGGGUGAUGUUUGAUGGGGAGCCCAUGCAAACAGAGUCCAACGGCGAGGAUGAUGAAGACGAUGAUUCCGACUUUGAACCUCCACCGCCAAGCAGAUACAACAGGAGAGUGUCAGUUUGUGCCGAGGCGUUCAACCCAGACGACGACGAUGAAGACACCGAGCCCAGAGUGGUUCACCCCAAAACAGACGAGCAGCGCUGCAGACUGCAGGAAGCCUGCCGAGACAUCCUACUCUUCAAAACACUAGAUCAGGAGCAGUUUUCGCAGGUUCUGGACGCCAUGUUUGAGUUGAAGGUUCAGCCACAGGAGCAUGUCAUCGAUCAAGGGGACGACGGAGACAACUUUUACGUCAUAGAGAGGGGUGUGUAUGAUAUUGUGGUAACUGGAAAAUGUGUGGGGCAGUACAACAAUAAGGGCAGCUUCGGAGAGCUGGCGCUCAUGUACAACACGCCACGAGCCGCCACCAUCAUAGCCACCCAGGAGGGCUCGCUUUGGGGCCUGGACCGUGCCACAUUUCGUAGACUCAUCGUUAAGGAAAAUGCAAAGAAGAGGAGGAUGUACGAGACUUUCAUCGAGUCUGUGCCGUUGCUCAAAUCACUGGAAGCAACAGAGAGGAUGAAGAUAGUGGAUGUAUUAGGAGUGAAGCAGUUCUCUGACGGAGAGCGCAUCAUCACACAGGGAGACAAGGCUGACUGCUUCUACAUCGUAGAAUCUGGAGAAGUCAAAAUCAUGAUGAAGAGCAAAACAAAGGCAGACCAUGCAGACAACGCGGAGGUGGAGAUAGCACGCUGUAGCAGGGGCCAGUACUUUGGGGAGCUGGCCUUGGUCACCAAUAAGCCCCGGGCUGCCUCAGCCUACGCAGAAGGAGACGUCAAGUGUUUGGUAAUAGACGUGCAGGCGUUUGAGCGCCUCCUGGGCUCCUGUAAGGAGAUCAUGAAGAGGAACAUCGCCCACUAUGAGGAGCAGCUGGUGGCUCUGUUCGGCUCCAGCAUGGACCUCAGAGACUGAGCCUCCCACUCCACCCUCCGUGCCUUCUUUUACAAACACACACACACACACAUAACAUUAGGAAGUGGUUAAAUGGACUUCUAAGCUUUACACAUGGUGCAAAAGCAUGGGAAAGCAUCCUUUGUCCUCAGUUUUCAAACACUCUACCCUCUCUCAACCCCAAACACAUCUGAGAGGGACACACACUCCAAAAUAUGUGCCCUGAUCUGGAGCAUAUCCUAGCUGAACAUAUUCCCUGAUGAUCUGACUUAGAUGCACAGAUCCCGCUACAGGCCAUCCAGGUCACGGCUUGAGUCAGUCUUAGCCUCUCAGAAUGAAUGUCUUACCUGCGGUGACCUUAUGCAGGCAGGGCAUUGCAAGGACAUCAUCCACACACACUCCAAACACCUUUAGACUCUCACCGUGAUGCUUCAUGCGCGCAGGCUUUCCAUUCACAUGAGCACCUGAACAACUCUGUUGUUCCAAGCGUCAGCCAAGGACACAUCAAAAGACAGGCACAUGUGGUGACAGGUACAGAUGCUCAAACACACCCACACACACCAUGGAGAUGAAAAUCUU